UAUGCCCAGACGCAUGGGAGAAACAGAGACAGUUGGUCCGUACUGGGUUUGGCAACGGUGCCUUAAUAACCAUAGAUGAAGACAAGUAACCCUUAAAUGUCCUUGACAGAGUUGCCACAAUUUAGCAUUAGUUAAACAAAUUGUUAUUUAAAAGUAUUUAAGCGUAAAAACAUAUUGACACAAUUUAAGAAUGGCUCAUUUAAGCAGGAUUUUGGGAGGUUUAAUUGUGGUGAGCGGAAAACCGAGGCUAAUAUUAUGCGAGGGCGUUAAAACUGCCAUUGAGCGAAGCUUGUCUUCAAGGGGCCCAAGAGAGUAUGACGUGGUGGUGGUUGGGGGUGGUAUUGUGGGCGCUGCCUCAGCGCGCGAACUGAAACUGCGCCACCCCAAGCUGAAAAUGGCCAUUCUGGAGAAGGAGCACGAAAUGGCGAUGCAUCAAACGGGGCAUAACAGCGGCGUAAUUCAUGCCGGCAUUUACUACAAACCAGGAUCGCUUAAAGCGAAGCUAUGUGUUGAGGGAAUGCACCUGAUGUAUCAAUACUGCGACGAAAAGAAAAUUCCCUACAAAAAGGUGGGCAAGCUUAUUGUGGCCAGCGAUGAGGUGGAAGUGGGUCGUCUGGCCGAGCUGCACAAUAGAGCCAUUCAGAAUAAGGUGCCCGACAUCAAAAUGCUCAAGGGCGUAGAGGAAAUUCAGAAUAUUGAACCGUAUUGCGUGGGCCUGGAGGCGCUCUGGUCGCCCCAUACUGGCAUCAUCGACUACGGCCUGGUCACCAAACAAUACGGGGUUGAUUUCAAGGAAAAAGGCGGAGAAAUCUAUCUGAACUUCGAGGUGAACGGAUUCGGACAGUCGAGCGAUAAAAACUACCCAGUUCUAAUCAGGGCUAAGGAUGGGCAAAGCGUAAAGAGUAAAUACGUGCUCACUUGCGGUGGAUUGCAAUCGGAUAAACUAGCAGAACUGUCAGGCUGCCCAAGAGCGCCGAGAAUUAUUCCCUUCCGUGGCGAAUACCUGCUUUUGAACUCGAAGAAGGCCAGCAUGAUCAAGGGCAACAUCUACCCAGUGCCCGAUCCCAGGUUUCCGUUCUUGGGCGUGCAUUUCACCCCAAGAAUGGACGGGAGCGUCUGGUUGGGGCCCAACGCCGUGCUGGCCUUCAAACGAGAAGGCUACAGAUGGAGCGACAUCAGCCUCUCGGACUUAGUCGACGCGCUGCUUUAUCCAGGCUUCCUCAAGCUGGCCGUAAAGUUCAUGCUGGCCGGCUCUCAGGAAGUGAUUAAAUCCGCCAUUCCAGCCCUGCAGGUCCGCAGCUUGCAAAAGUUUGUGCCGUCCAUCACGGCGGCCGAUGUGGAACGCGGUCCUGCGGGAGUUCGGGCGCAGGCUUUGGACAUGUCAGGCAGCCUGAUUGAGGAUUUUGUGUUCGACAUGUACAAGGGGCAGGACGGGGCUGCUAUUGGAAGCAGGGUGCUGCACUGUAGGAACGCCCCUAGUCCAGGCGCCACCAGCUCGCUUGCUAUAGCUAGAAUGAUGGCUGAUAAGCUGGAAGACCAGUUUCAGCUGUAAAUUCGUCUAGCUGGCUUUAUUAACGUGUCGCCCGCGACUCAAAUUAAGAAAACUCAUUCACACACAUAAAAUAUCAAACUCCGGAAAUCGAAGUCCAAAAGUCGGUGAAAGUGUUUGGUUUAAAUGGUGUGCAAGCAAAGUUCCCUUAUCAGUUUGUAUAGGGGUUUUGCCUGUUGUCCGAUGCAUUUCAAAUGUAUUUGUUUGUCGAUUUGGAUUUAAGCCAAAGAAUAGAGCAUUUAUAAAUGUAUAGGUUUCAAUAAAACAAUCAAAAUGUUA